UGUGUGGGUCACUAUAGGUGUGGCAUUAUCCUAAAUAAUGCCAAGUGACUCUAGCACUUUAUUUGUUGUUGGAAGUGUUGCAGCAGUCUCAUUUAUUGGUGCAUUUGGUGUGUCAGUAGGUUUGGCGAGAAGAAAGAGCCCAGAAGCUUUUUCAAGGAAUGCAGUACAAGGUCAAGUGAAUCCAGCCCGCCUGGCAAUGAGAGCUUUGGGAUUUGGGACAGUUCUUGCUGUAGUGGGAGUCAGUGGUCUAGUAUUGUCAAUUAAAUAUGCUCUAGGAAUUAAAAAUGCAUCAGAGUUUGGGGACAGGAUUCACAAAAUGGUACCAGAUGAUGCAAGAAUUAGUAAUAAAAAGAAAACUGAUUAAACAUUAAUUUUGAUAUCACUAGUAUGUAUUAUAUAUAAUGCAUUAUUCUCAAUCUCAUGUAAUGGCUUUUAACAUUUUCCCAGUUACUGGCCAAGUCUGUGCAGGAA